CCGCCCGGUCUCUAGUGCAGGAAGGGGAAGGGGCCAGAGCUCAGAGGAAGGCGUGGCAGGAAGGGGGCAACUCUGUGGUCAGGGAGCCGCUCGCAGAGCACAGCUGCACAGUGCCAUCGGAGCGUCCGAUCCCCAGCUCACGGCCCCUCAGCCCCUGCCCAAGAUGUUUCCAGCAGUGGUCUUGCUCUUACUCCUUUUGGUUGAACAAGCAGCGGCCCUGGGAGAGCCUCAGCUCUGCUAUAUCCUGGAUGCGAUCCUGUUUCUAUAUGGUAUUAUCCUCACCCUGCUCUACUGUCGACUCAAGCUGCAGGUGCGAAAGGCAGCUACAGCCAGCCAUGAGAAAUCAGAUGGCAUUUACACGGGCCUGAGCACCCGGAACCAGGAGACUUAUGAGACCCUGAAGCAUGAGAAACCGCCACAAUAACUUUAGAACAGAUGCCCUUGGUCACUUCCUUCUUCCACUCUCCUCCCAGCCCUCGUAGCUGGCAUCACAUAUGCCUCCCCGCCGUUAAUGCCAGCUGACCCUAUCCCUGUAAUGACGCUAUGCCCCCCAUUAAUAGACACCAGUGGUUCCUCCUCCCUGUCAAAGGCCUCAGAUGCUCUUCAUUAAUGUUUAUAUUCUAGUCUCACCUCUUUAUGCCACCCUUCUCCUCUUCCCCAUCCCCAACUCCCACUAAACGAUGGGAAGGGAAGGGACUAACAUCAAUAAAGCUACCACAGACUGGA